CAAAGGCGUUAGAGAAGACCAGAGUGAGAGACCUCAGAGGUGGUCUUCCUCUGCAUCUCUCUCUCUCUCUCUAGAAAGUCUCAAAGUCCCAUUGAUUAGAGAGAGAGAAAGAGAAGAAGGUGUACACUUCUCUCAAAGCCUUUUUACACUGAACUUUGUCAAAAACAGAAUUCCUCUUCUUGCUUCCACCUCACUCCUAGAGUUUUCAGAUUUGCACUCAAAAUAUAGCACACAAUUCUCUCUCUCUCUCUCUCUCUCUCUCUCUCUCUCAGAUCUCUCCAAGCUUUCAUCUUUACCCAAGAAGAGUCAAGAACUCUUUAUUUCUAUCUAUCUCUCACUCUGCUUUGUCAAUUUUGUUUCUUUGAACCUUCAUCUCUCUUAAAUUGAAUCAAGUUUGGACUAUCUGAUCAUCUGAAGGGAAACCCAGUUGGGAAUUUUCCGGCAAGAUGGAGACUUUUUCCGGGAAAAAGAGACCCACAAUCAGUCUUUCUCUUUUUACUUCUUUCUCCGAGUCAAUUUCCAGUGACAAGUCUUCGAAUUCGAUCAAGUCCCCUAGAAAUUUCCAGGAUGGUGUGGUUGGGCUUGGCAUAGUGGCUGCUAUGACUGAUUUGAGCAGCCCCAAAGAAAUACCCAUGUCUGCAAAGUCACCCAAAUCGAGCCCAAUUCCCAUAGUCUCUGCAGCUAAGCCUGCUGCUAAUUUCAGAGGUGGGCUUGUUGUGGAGAAACAGCUCCAAGGGGUUGUGGUGGAUGAAUUGUCUGAGAGCUAUACUUGUGUGAUUUCCCAUUUUGGGAACAAUUUGACAAAGAAACGUGUUUACUUUGAUGACAAGCUCAGUGGAGUUGUUAAUGAUUGUAGUGAUUGUGAGGUGAGAAGUGGGGUGUUCUCUGCUUCACCAUUGAGUGUUGGUGAAGUGGGGAGAGAGUUUUGGUCUUCGGAUUUUCUCAGUUCUUGUUAUCUUUGCAAGAAGCAGCUUCAAGGACUGGACAUUUUCAUGUACAGAGGUGAAAAGGCAUUUUGCAGCACUGAGUGCCGUGACAAACACAUUCGAAGCGACAAUUACAAAGAGAAGUGCAGAUCUGAAGCAAUAAAAUCACUUGAUUACUCUGUAUCAUCACCUUGCUCCAGUCCUCUGGUCUUCUCGGCCGGGGUUGCUGUGGCAUGAACAUUUUGACAUACCUUUUAUAAGUAAAUAAUACAGUAAGGAUGAGAAAGGUUUAUCCAAAUAAAGUGGUAUAACUGGCAUAAGAAACAGUAGAUAAUAUUUGAGAGGGUUCAAGCAGGUAGUACCUACUUCGUGCAUCUACUACUCGAAUUGCAAGUAUUUUUCAAUUAAAUAGGAUAAAUUUGGUGGAGAAAUUAGUAAAAUAUCAACUCAAGGAGUGAGACAUUAUAUAGAUUUUGCAAUUUAAUGGAGGUCAUAGUUAUUACUUGUACCUGUUGUAUACUUUAUGCUACUCUGCUAAACGUUUUUAUUUACGGGGUCAUAAUGUGAACCGAGUGUGGAGAUGGACUUGUAUAUCAAAGUUUGAUGAGAAUCAUUUGUCCUUGUAUAAUAAUGCAACUCUUUUAUCAUCA